GAAACUACGGUCAAUAUGUGUGCAGUGUCCCGCAUGCCGACGAUUUCCGGUCACAUACAAACAAAACAUAGACGGGCUUUAAAGCUGUCUUUUGGACAGUAUCAAAACCUCUAUAAUACUUCACGUCUCUAUUAUGUUGGAUGCAUUUAUCCGUUGGAACAUGGACCGUGCGAGAGCAGAUAUUAAGAAAAUAACAUAUUGGCUUAGGCUGGAUACACUGGUAGGAGAACCCAUAGGAAAGUUGCAAAUCAACCAUAAGCAGACACUCAACUGGCUACUGGCGGUGCAGCGCUUCUACCCUUCUCAAGGGCUACAUGAGGAUCUCUGUAACAGACUAGGUGUGGACAACUCAUCGAGUGAAUUCUGCUGAAUACCCCCACACAUUCGAGGACGAACAUCCCUACAUUCCUGCCGAGAUCAAUGCUGCAGUGUGGAACAAUCAAGCAACGUAAACAAUUCUGAAACAAUUUAAAUUUUUAUCACAGCUCUUGUCUUUUUAAAUGUAUCACCGAGCACUGUAUUUUUUUUUGAUGCUUUAAAUAAAAUGUUUUAAAUAA